UACUUUUAUGGUAGAGUUAAGCGAAACCUCGAAAAUUAUUCACGAAGCGACACCUAGGUCUAUGGUUAUUCUUGAUGAACUAGGACGCGGCACUUCUACCUUUGAUGGUUACGCUAUUGCUUAUUCGGUUUUAUAUUAUUUGGCGACGCACAUUGGGUGUCUUGGUUUAUUUUCUACACAUUAUGGCAUGCUUACACAAGAAUUUGCCAACAAUCCCAAUAUUGCACUUAAACACAUGAGUUGCCAUGUUGAUCAAGAUCGUAGGGAAGUUACCUUCUUGUACAAACUAAUUUCUGGAGUAUGUCCUAAAUCGUAUGGGAUGAAUGUGGCCAAUAUGGCUGGUGUUCCUAGAGAGAUUGUCGAUCGUGCUGAAGUAGUUGCUGCUAAAUUUGAGCAGACUUCAAAAUUGCAAGAUAUCUUAACUGCAAAUAGUUCAAAUUUACCAAUCACGACUUUAUGUGAUUUCGUGUAUCUUUUAAAGGCUGCGGCUAGGAAUGAUGGGUCAUCUAAAGAAAUGGAUGAUGGAGCCCUGGAUAAUCGGGCAGAUCAUAAAAAAGAAGAGAG